UUCGUGAUCAGCUAUUACCUUAGUGAAGAUACAUAGCAUGCAGAGCGCAUGUUGUAAGCAUUCAUAAGCGUUAGGUGAGAUGGAUCAAAUCGAUGAGCUGGGUGGGGUUUGUCAAACUACAUUGGCUUAGGGGAGUACUUAUACGACAUUUACAAUGGCGCAUCAUCGUGAGAAGUUCGCAUACAAGUAUCGUUCGCCUGUCCCAAGAAGACUCAAGCCGAGAGACUCAAUAAAUAAUUCAUUCUUACAACUGACACUACAGCCGUGUGUUUUAAAUCACCUUCUUUUUAAUCAGCACCCUAACACCUACAACAUUGGCAACCAUCCACUUACAAACCAUGUCGACCCUCCGAACAAUACAAAAAAUCUUCACCGCCUCAGAGCAAUCCGAAGGCGCAGGCGCCCGCGUCCGCCGCUCCAUCGGCAGCAACCACCUCCGCACCCCGUCCCCCCUUCCUCAUGCUCGACCACAUGAACGGCGCCACUGGCCAAGGGUUUCCCGACCACCCCCACCGAGGCCAGGAGACCGUCUCCUACAUUCUCGAGGGGUCCGUAGAGCACGAGGACUUUGCGGGACACCGCGGGAUUCUGCACGCCGAUGACUUACAGUUCAUGACGGCCGGCAGAGAGAUCAUGCAUUCUGGGCAACCGAUCCCCGCCGAGGACGGCAGUAGCGGGGCGGGAUUACAGUUGUGGGUUGAUCUGCCGCGGUAUUUGAAGAUGUGCGAGCCGAGGUAUCGCGAUCUCAAGGCGAAAGAGAUUCCUGUUGCGCAACUUGAUGACGGACGGGUUACUGUGACAGUCAUCUCGGGUGUCUCUGGAGGGGUCGAUAGCGUUAGGGACCUGACGUAUACGCCGAUAUGGUAUCUCGACAUCCAAAUUCAACCGGGCGGCGAGAUCUCGCAGCAGAUUCCCCAGGGCUGGAACGCGAUGGCGUACGUUGUCGAAGGAUCUACGCAAGUCAGCUCCUCCACCGAGGACGACCGUAAAGAGGCACGGCAGUUCCAGGCUGUUGUGUUUGGGAUAGAGGGAGACGUGGUGCGGAUGAGCGUUCCAGACACGGCUAUCUCGGCCGCGCGGAUUCUUCUGGUUGCGGGAGAACCACUAGACCAGCCUGUUGUGCAGCAUGGUCCGUUUGUGGUGACGAGCAGCGAAGAGGCCAAACAAGCGCUUGAGGACUUUUAUUUUCAUAAGAAUGGGUUUGAGAGGGCCGCGGGAUGGAAGAGUCGGAACACGACGAAACUGGAGAGAUCGUAGAGUAAAUAGUUUGGACCCGUGUUUCAUACGCAAAUGAAGGUACAGAUUUCAC